ACGGUUUCCGGUGAUGUGUUGGCUUGUUGGAUGUACAGAUUUGUUCGGCUGGAAGCGGAGGCAGUUUUUGCGGAAGAGAAAACGCGCCACCUUUUUUCAAUGGAGCUCCGGUCUCUGCUGACGUGCUUGGUGAUGUAUGUGGUGUACGCUGCUGCCAAACCCACCGAGAAGAAAGAACGCGUCCACCAUGAUCCACAGUUGAGCAACAAGGAACACAAUGACCAGGAAAACUUUGACUAUGAUCAUGAUGCCUUUCUGGGCCAGGAAGCAGCCAAGACCUUUGACCAGCUUACCCCAGAAGAAAGCAGAGAAAGACUUGGAAUAAUUGUUGGUAAGAUUGAUGCAGAUAAGGAUGGGUUUGUUACUGAGAAUGAGUUAAAAGCUUGGAUUAAAAAGGCCCAAAAGAAGUACAUCUAUGACAAUGUGGACCGACAGUGGAAAGAUUUUGAUCUGAACAGUGAUGGCAUGAUCUCCUGGGAAGAGUACAAGAAUGUCACAUAUGGCACCUAUCUGGAUGAGCCUGACCCUGAUGAUGGGUUCAGCUACAAGCAGAUGAUGUCUAGAGAUGAGAGGCGCUUCAGAAUGGCAGACACAAAUGGUGACAUGAUUGCCAGUAAGGAAGAAUUCACAGCCUUUCUUCAUCCAGAGGAGUUUGACUAUAUGAAGGAAAUAGUUGUAUUGGAAACUAUGGAAGACAUUGACAAGAAUGGCGAUGGUCUUAUUGAUCUUGAGGAGUACAUUGGGGACAUGUAUAACCAUGAAGGUGACUCCCAGGAGCCUGAGUGGGUCAAAACAGAGCGUGAGCAGUUUGCAGAGUUCCGAGACAAGAACAAAGAUGGGAAAAUGGACAAAGAGGAGACCAAGGACUGGAUCCUGCCUACAGACUAUGAUCAUGCUGAAGCGGAGGCCAAACACCUGGUGUAUGAGUCAGAUGCUGACAAGGAUGGCAAACUGACCAAAGAAGAAAUACUUGAAAAGUAUGACCUGUUUGUUGGAAGUCAAGUGACACAGUAUGGUGAGGCUUUAGUACGACAUGAUGAGUUUUAAAUGCUUCAGAACAAAGACUUUUAAACCAACUAGAUAACAAUAAUUUAUUUUUUAUGACUUCAACACAAUACUGCUCUUUUUGUCCAGCAAACAUGUUGGAAAGAAUUUUUUUUGUGUGUUUCUGAAGGCUGACAAUUUUUAAUGUGUGUAAAUUUUUCUAUAGUACAUUUUGGUUAUUCUCAGUUUCUGUUAGGGUAGGUAUGGUAUCUGUUAUGGCACCCUGGAUAAGCAUGACCUCUUUACCUGGGUGGAUUUAGAAGAGACACUAUGAACGCUGCUUGAAUCAAUCUUCCUUCAACACAGAAGUGCUGUGUAGUAAUGUGAAGCUGCCUAUGUCCAUAAUUUAACCUUUUUUUUUUUUUUUUAAAUAAUUGAACAAUACUUUUAAACUUUUGUUUGAAAAUACCUGCAUUUCAUAAAAUUUUGUAAUAGUUUGUAACAUUUCAGUUUUGUGACUUUCACUUGCUGAAAUUGGAAAUAUCAUUUUCCAUUGAACCAUUGAAAUUUCAUGUAAUACAUGCCUUCUUGAGAUUGUGCCUUUUUAAUUAUUAAAAAGAAUUGGAAUGUUAACAGGGGAAAAA